GUCAACUCUCUGGUUGACCAGAAAAUUAUAAAUUCAGUACCUGUUACUUCCAGAACUGACAGAAUUCGUAUUUUGGCCAUAAUUUGUUCGUUUGACGUCCAAACGACGAACCGUUUUCGCCUACAGGAUCGUAAAGACGAGGAGAAUUUUAUCAAGGAGUAUUGGGAUUUUUACAGCAGCUGUGCAGAGUUGAAUUACGUCAUAAAUAAGAUCCGCAGCAGAGGGACUGAGCUUGGACGUUGGAGCUGUGCAACUGCUACUCCAUCAUGA